AUGAUGUCAGCGGUCGGCUCGUCAGCGCUGCGCCGGGCAGCACACCGUGCCAUGCUGGCCGUGCUGCGGGCUGCGACGACAGAUGGGGAGAGGUUGGAGUGCGUGAAGAGGCUGAUUGUGGAGUACAGAGAGGAAAGCAUGCUGGUGAGUGCGGCACACCGUGCCAUGCUGGCCGUGCUGCGGGCGACGACAACAGAUGGGGAGAGGCUUGACUGCGUGAAAGAACUUAUUGUGGAAUACAGAGAAGAAAGCAUGCUUGUGAGUGCUGUGCAGUGUGGUCAACGUGCAUUAUCACCACCAUCCACAUCAGCACAACCAUCCACGUCAGCUCCACCAUCCACGUCAGCUCCAGCUUCACCGCCAUCAGAAUCACCCGCAAGCACUCCUCCCCACCACCCCCUCUCUCCUCCCCCUCUCCCCGCCUUCGCCUCUCCAGCCAUCCUCUCCCUACUAGACCUCAUCCUUGACCCCUCUGCCUCCGCCCUCCACACCGCCAUCGCUACCCAUGCCCACUCCGCAGCUGCUUCAAAGCAAUCUUCUGCUGCUCCCAUAUCACCACUCUCGCUCUCUUCGUCUCCCGCGCCGCCCCUCGCCUUCCGCCUGCCGGAUCACGCAGACGCCCUCAUUGCAGCGCUCAACCUGCUGCGCUUCCUGCUCCUCAGAGAGCAGCAAGCUGAGAGGGCAGGGGGCUGCCCCAGAGAGCAGCAAGCUGAGAGGGCAGGGGGCUGCCCCAGAGAGCAGCAAGCUGAGAGGGCGGGGGGCUGCCUCAGAGAGCAGCAAGUUGCCCCCACCUCCACUGCCUCCCCUGUGAGUCACAUGCCUCCCAUGGCAUCCACAGAGCAGCAACCAUCUACCGCACUACACUCCCCCACAUCCCUCCGCACCAAGCCCUGCCUGCUUCGCGCGCGCAACUGCUGGCUGCUGCCUCUGCGCUCCGCCGCCCUCGCCGCCCGGGCCUCCCUCGAAUCCAGGAGACCACGGGUGGGUGGUGGCAGGGAAGGGAUGGGAUGUGGGCAUGGGGAUGGCGAAGGGGAGAGUGGGGAGGAGGAGGAUGUGGAGGAUGGGGAGGAGGAGGAGGGUCAGAUGGAUCACCAGGCAUGGAUGCAGGAGUGGAUGGGAGUGGAGACGCUGCUGUCACUUGUAGCUAGAUGCCUGGAGCUGCCGUGCCGCGCGAAUGAGAUUGAUGCCGUGGAAGACGAUGACGCCGACGACUUGUCAAAUGACGUCAGCGUGGAUUCCGCCACGUCGGCUCCUGGUCUCCUGAGCAAGCUUUUCGGUGAGAGCAGGAGGUUCCUUUUCUCGCACCGCAUUCUGUCGUGCAAGUCGGAUUGCGAGAAGAAGAAUAAGAAGUGCAACACGGACUACAGCAAGUGCAAGCGCGAGAACAAGGACGACGAGCACGACCACCACAAGUGCACGCACAAGUAUAAGCGGUGCAAGAACAAGGCCAAGAAGUGCCGCUCCAAGUGCGACUAA